AUGUCUCAAAAAAUUCAAAUGUAUACGAAUCCAAAUGUAGCACCAUCACCACCAGGAUUUUCUCAAUAUCAUUCACCUCAAAACCAAUAUCCACCAGCUGGUAAUCCAAAUCAAUAUCCACCAGAUGGCAAUCAAAAGCAAUAUCCACCAAUCAGUAAUCAAAAUCAAUAUCCACCAGUUGGUAAUCAAAUUCAACCAUAUCAACAUGACCAAUAUAAUAUGUAUCAACAUCAACAACAAAUGCCACCACAACAAAAUCAAGGGUAUUCUGUAAUUCAAAAUCCAAACUAUCCACCUCCAUAUUCACAGGGUGGACAGGUUCAAUCAGGUUAUGGACCAGUCAUUCAGCAUCAACCCGGCGCAUAUCAACCAUCUCCUCAAGUAGUAGCUGAUGGUUGGAUGCCUAUUCCUAGAGCUGUACCACAAAACUGUCCAAAUGGACUCCAGUAUCUUUCAACAAUUAAUCAAUUACUUGUUAAACAGCAAGUAGAACUUAUAGAAGCCUUAAUAGGGUUUGAGACCAACAACAAGUAUACAAUUAAAAAUAAUGCUGGUCAAAAAGUAUUUUAUGCUAUUGAAGAUAAUGAUUGUUGUACACGAAAUUGCUGUGGGCCAACGCGACCAUUUGAAAUGAAAAUCUUGGAUAACUAUAAAAAUGAAGUUAUACAUUUAUCAAGGCCUUUAGCAUGUCAAUCUUGCUUUUUUCCUUGCUGUUUACAGAGCAUUGAAGUAUUUUCUCCACCUGGGUGUUUGGUUGGAACCGUUGAACAAGAUUGGUCAAUUUUAACACCAAUGUUCACCAUUCGUAAUGCAGCUAAUGAAGAAGUAUUAAAAAUCGAAGGACCAAUAUGUCGAUAUAGUAUUUGCGGCGCAGAUGUUGAAUUUAAAAUAUUAUCGAAGGACAAAACCACUGUAGUUGGCCGUAUAUCCAAACAAUGGUCUGGACUCUUAAGGGAAGUAUUUACUGAUGCCGAUUUCUUUGGUAUUACGUUUCCUAUUGAUCUUGAUGUCCGUAUGAAAGCUGUUAUGCUAGGAGCUUGUUUUUUGAUAGAUGUCAUGUUCUAUGAAAAACGAGGAAAUUUAGAAGAUGAUGGAAUUGGACUUUGUUAA